UCACAAGAAAUCAUGAACGUCAAUAAAAGUUCCACCUCGAGCCACGAUGGCCAGGACAACUUCACCAACUCUACCUUAAACCACACAAUUGUGCUCAAUCUCUCUGUCUUAUAAACUCUUUACUAAUUCCGAGAUACCCAUACAACAAUCACGCAUCAUGUCUUCUAGCAAGGGCCAGUUCGAGCAGGGCUUCCAGCCCGAUGUUCAGCAUCAGAAGGCCCCCGGUCUCGAGUCCAAACUCGACCCUCUCCCCAAGGUCGAUGAGCUUCCCACACCCGAGGGAGGUGCUGAAAAGUACAAGGCUGCUGGCAAGCUCAAGGGCAAGCGCGCCAUCAUCACCGGUGGAGACUCCGGUAUUGGUCGCUCGAUCGCUGUUCUCUUCGCCAUGGAGGGCGCCGACAGCUUCAUCGCCUACCUCCCCGAAGAGGAGCAGGACGCACAAGAUACCAAGAAGAUGGUUGAGGAGAAGGGACAGAAGUGCUAUACUCUUGCAAUCAACCUGAAAGAGAAGGCGAACUGCCAGAAGGUCAUCGAUGAGGCCGUCAAGCAGAUGGGUGGCAUUGACAUCCUGAUCAACAACCACGCUUACCAGAUGAUGGUAAACGACAUCAGCGACCUGUCUGAGGAGCAAUGGCUGCACACAUUCGACACCAACAUCCACCCCUUCUUCUACCUUUCGAAAUACGCCCUACCACACAUGAAGCGCGGCGCAACUAUCAUCAACAACGCCUCCAUCAACGCCUACGUCGGUCGUCCAGAUCUUCUCGACUACACCUCAACCAAGGGCGCCAUUGUUGCUUUUACCCGAGGUCUAUCAAACCAGUACGUCGGACGGGGUAUCCGCGUAAACGCUGUCGCCCCGGGUCCUGUCUGGACUCCUCUCAUCCCUGCCACCAUGAACGACGAAGCCAUCAAGCAGUUCACCGCUCCUAUUGGCAGGCCGUCGCAACCUAGCGAGAUUGCUACUUGCUUCGUCUUCCUGGCUAGCAACGACAGCAGCUCUAUUAGCGGUCAGACUAUCCACGCCAACGGUGGUACUAUCGUCAACGGUUAAGCAUUUACUUCCCUGACUUGUCGCGGACGAUGUAUCUUACGACUUUAUGAGCAUGUAAAAUAUACUCAAUGAAUGAAUCAUAAUACUGAACUUCUCUUUU